UAAAGCACACUGACCAUGAUUGAAGCAUGUGGUCGUAAGUCAAAUAAAAAAAUACGGCUCAAACAGCCUUGUUUUGCAACUUUUUAGCUCUCCUAAACAUGCUGAAGUCUUGCAAGAAUAAUGUCUGUCGCAAAACAUCCGAAGCCUCGGAAAAAAACGGACAGAAAGGUCCAAAUAUUUUGUCAUGAAGCUCAAAAUGUCGGGUCAAAACACAAAGACGACGUGGACGAGUCCCAGUCGUUACAUCAAGCAAAGCAGACCUCAAGCUUAAAAGAUAGAAUAAAUAACAACAUACUGAGUACCAAAAAGAAGGAGUUUGUCAUCCCGAGAAAGAAAAAGCAAGCAAAAGAACUGCUUCAGUCUCACCGUUUUGACUCAAGAGAGACCAAAGAACUUCUUCGUUCUGUCCAGCUCUCUUUACGAGACCCUAGUUUUUGGUCUUCGUAUAAAUUUGAGAGAGUUGAAUUAGUGAACAAUGACAAACUUGCUCGUAAGUAUGGCGAUAAAAAGCAAGCUUUACGACUUGAAACUAUGCGAACAAAUCGCGAACUUGAAGAUAGAUUUGCUUUUCUUUUCACCACGUCGAGAACUGAGGUCAAGUCAGUUUGUGAGCAUGGACUUCACACUGGUAAUUCUUCAUUGACGUCUCUUGGAGAUCCAAAAUUAGGUGUAUACUUAUGUCGGUAUUCAGAUGUUAUUUAUAAAAGACCAUUAACAACUGAAGACUCAGGAUAUCUCUUAGUUUUUCGUGUUGUUAAGGGAAAAGUGAGAUUCAUUGGUGGCAACAACCCAGAACUACAGCCUACCCCUCACCACGACUGUCAUGUGUCCAAAUCACUAACAACUUUGUCUUCCAAGGCAUCAUAUUCUGAUGUUUUUGAAUCCUCACAGUUAUAUUUUUAUGAGAUUGAUGAGAACAGUGAUGACUUUCAUGUCAAGCAACCAAGACAAGUGUUGCCGUAUGCAGUGUUGACCUUCACUAUCCUCAAACCAGAGCAACAGCAAAGCAAACUAGAUGAGAAAUCAGAGGGCAAGAAAGCUGUAGUCACUGGACAUGAUUCUCUUUCGAGUGCAGAUGAGAAUAUUCUGUAUUCUCCUAAUAGAAUAGAAAGUAAAGAUGACCUCAUCUCAAAUGCAAAUGUUUCAUGGUCCGGUGUACUUGCUAUCAAUAAAAAGCAGUUUGCUUAUGUUGAUUUCCUUAGCUACUCACGGAAAAAGCAUCCUCUCCCUGUUAAUGUAGAUUAUUUCAACAUUAGUCAUAAGGUUUCUCAUGAUGACUUGAGAUCUUUGCUUAAGUGUCCAGUCUUUAGAAAUGGAAAGCCAGCGUCAUCAGGGGUCUGCAUAGAACUGAACCAUGGUAGAAAAUUCAUAUAUUAUGAAGUUAGAGUAGUUAAUCAAAUCCAGGAUAAAUUUGAUGCAUUGGUUUCACAUUUUGUCAACAAUGAAAUGGCUGGGGUUAUAGAGUACCAGUAUUUUAAAGGUCCAGUUUACUUGUAUCUGAUUCCAACAUCAAAGCUGACAAACGACAUUGGUAUAACAGAUAGAAAAAGCCCAUUGGCUCUUCAUGCAUUGCUUCAACUCAGGCAUGUCAGACGACUUCCUAAUGCACAAGAAAAUACAGUGCCAACUGAGCAUGAACAAGAGCAAGAUGCUGGAAUCGAUGACACUUCCUUAAAUGAAGCCAUAAUAGAAAGUCAAGUCCAAGAAAUCUUCAUGAAAAAAUAUGAAGACAAGCAGGAAAAACUACACAGAAAAACAAAGCAAGAUACGUUGACACCACUUAUGACCAGGAGGACAUCUCUAGAAGAUGGGGAAAAUACCACUGAUCAACCAAAAAGUGUUCUUGAAGCAAGGAGAAAGAGUACAGAUGUGGGGUUCUCCCUUCCACCAGAAGGAGCUUCCCAUGAAAAGCGUGUACAGUUUCAGAAGGAGGCUCGGAAGUGGGUCGACAGUUUCUUUAGCUCUGUAAGAAAAGAAAGGGGUUCAAAUAUGCAAAUACAGGAUUCCCCUACAAGCAGCRAUACUCCGACCAGGAAAUCUAAAUACAAGUGGGUUAACCCAAAGAGUUUAGACAAGCAGAGCUUAUCAUUAGAAACAGAAUUGCGUAAUGAUGAUUCAAUGAAAACAAGUAGAAAUGAGAAAGAGAAUUUACCUUCUUCAAAGGAUUCUUCAAAUGUAGAUCAGGGUACAAAUGUUAAACAAGCUCCAAGUACACCAUCUACUAAUGUUAACCAAGAUUUAGGGAGGAAGGAAGGCAUUGGGGUGGUGUCUGUGGACAAUACUGCUGACUCUAGCUUGCAAUCUGCAAACAUGGAAAAUCAAAUAGACUUCAUAACUGUUCAGAAACUAAUCAAAGAGUUUCAGCACCAUGACAAACAAUGUAAGACUACUGUUUCAACAAGAUCUUCUGCACUAGUGGAUCCAAGAUUACAAAAAAGAUCAUCUUCUUCUUCAUCCCAAGAUAUUAACUCUGAUAAACCUGGUUUUUUGCCUAGUAUACCACCUCCACCAAUACCCCCACCACCUCCCCCUCCCUUUAGUCCAUUUUUAAGUACUACCCUUUYGUCAUCUAGUGUAGUUGGGAAUACACCUGUCUUCAAGACAUCCACUUCUGAGCCAUCGACAGCUGCCACUGACGUCCCUCUGGUUACUUCUCCUGUUUCUCCCCCUGCUGUUAAGAGACAGGAAAUGUUGAUACCCGGACUUGAACCUACAGGAAGCCCUGUCUUUCAGUUGAUGAGGGAAAAGAUUUCUUUUAUGAAUCAGUCUAUUAAUACCAGUGCUUCGUACUUGAAAGACAGCAGCAUUUCCACACAGAGUGUCACAGCUUGGAAUCAAAUGCACCCAAGCUCACCAAUAACUAUCUCUUCCUCUGACAACACACCCACUAGAACUAUCAUUACACCUGUCUCAAUAAGCAACAGCAAGUCUUAUACCACAAGGAGUGAAAACAGGGAGCAUGGUCAAGAACUACAAACAAGAAGACCAUAUUCAAAAGAAAAUUCUCCAAAAAUAGCUCAAACUCCACCAGACAGCAAUAAUGAUAUUUCCCUUGAGAAAUGUGCUGCGCAGAAUGAUAUGCUUGACUCAGACAUCCCUGAUAUUCCAGAUUAUGAUAAURUUGUUAUUAAUAGACCAUUAACAGAAGCAGAGAAAAACAGUUCUAGGGCCAUCAGAGAAAUCAAGAAUAUUCUGCUCCGAAAUAGGGAUGUGUCCAAGGACACUUCAUCCGAGGAAGACAACAACAAUGAUGAACAUUGUACUGAUUAUCAAUCUGGAAUAUCUAGAAAUGUUGGGGUAGAGAAUACAGCGUUGAAACACAUAAGGGAAGAUAAAAUAUUGCCAAAGGAAAGACUUGAUGAACCUGAAUAUAGUUCUAYGAAGCCAAAAGAACAUUCCAAGAAAGAAAAUAAAGCUAAAGAUUAUGCUGUAAAARGUAGAGGUUCUGCGACAGAGAAUAGGUAUGUGAAUGAAAGAGAUGGAAGAAAUGUGGAUGAGAGGAAUGUCUGUCAUAAACAGCCAAUGAAAAAGCUUUUGCUCGACAGAAACACAAGUGUUGAAACACCUGGUAAACGAUCAUUGAAGUCAGAUUCGGCAUGUUUGAGUCCUAGCACACCUGAACUUAAAAGUGGACUGGAUUUGUUGGAUAAUUUAUUAUCAUGUCAGAAAAGAGGUCACCAACCAUCUCCAUUGUCAAAAUUUGACCUUCAUAGGUAUCACCAUGAUCAUAGGGGUACAAGCAGUUCUGAGAGGAGAUCCAAGAGCCGAUCCAGGGAGACUACACCCAGAAAAGAAAGGUCUGAUGAGGAAAGAAAGAAAAUCUCACCGUCUAGGAAACGAAAAGUUACUAUAAAAAGGAGUAAUACUACAGUAAACGACAAUAAAUGGGAUGAUAUGACUAGUGAUAUAUCUGAUACAGAACUGCCCUUGGAUUCAGAUGGAUAUAGUACAGAGAAUCAUAGAAUUGAUGGGUAUAGAGAUUACAAAUCUUCAACCAGAUCAAAAGACGUUACAAGGCCAUCUUCUCGUGAUAGAUUGGAAUUGAGCCAUCAUCAUGAUAGGUUUUCUACAGAAAGAACAUCCCCCAGGCGUACAGUGAACAUUGCCCCUAAGAGAGACAGCAGUAUAGAUACACACAGAGGUUACAGGGACGAUCAUGAAGACUGGGAUAGAGAAAGGAAACGGAGGAAGCUAGACCAGGACCAAGCACGAGAGAUCCCAGAACCAUUGCUACAAGAUAAUGAAUCUAUCGACAGUGAUUCAGCCAUGUCCAUAUCCUCUCUUGACUCUGUGGCCUUUGAAUAUGCUGUACCUAAUGAAGAGUCAUCCUAUAACAGAUAUCGCUUUGUUAGAACAAGCCCUAUUAAUGGCAGGUCCCUUGAAGUCACCAUCACAAGAGACAUAGAAUGUCCUGAUACAUUUCCUGGUCACACCAAUCCAGAUGACUGUGGGGUAGACACCUACCACACCCAACUUAUACCCCCCUCCAGUCCAACUGAAGUGGAUAUGACAGCCAUGCCCAAUAGUCCUGGUACACCAGAAACUGCUGUACCUAGUGAGGGCUUCUUGCAUACUAACAUUGGAUACUGGUCAACGGGAUGUGCAACCAAAGAAGGUGCUGAUAUUUUUCCACAGGAUAUAGUUCCAACACAGCAAGAGAAUAUUCAGGAUAGCACAUAUGACCAAGGUACCUGGUCAGCCCCUUCAUCUCCUUACCGUGGGUGUGACGAUGACCAUGAUGUUACUGGAGCAGGUUACAAACGUGAGGAGCUGGUGGUCAAGAAAUCUCGGGGUGAAGGCAGGUGUAGUACUUGUCAUUGUCAAAGAAGGCACAGCAGUUCUGGCGGAAGUACUGGCUAUGACUACAAUAAUACUAGUUACAAAGACAGGAAUCAAAAWAAUAAUCCUGACUAUUAUAGACACAAUGAUGGACACUCCCUUAGGGCAUCCAAUCAAAGUGCACCUUAUACAGAUAAUGAUUAUGAUAAUUUAAGAGACUUGAAUGAUAACUAUCCACAUAGGUAUCCCCAUACAUCUGACAGAUACGAUGAUCAAGGAGAUCAUGGACUGUUUUGUGCUUCGAGGAGUCCUUACAAGGACAUUGACUCACCUCAUAGCAUUGAUUUUGUUGAAGAAUUGGGUUCUAAUGAAAGAUAUUACACUAGUGAUGGAACGGAUAGUUACUCUAACAUUGAUAGGCGUGCAUCACCUCUACACAUCUGUGAAAGAUUUUCAGCAGACCGGAGGGGAACAAUUGAUGAUGACUAUGGGCUAAGAUCGCCUACAAAUAGUGAUGGACCCUUGCAAUAUGAUUAUUCUGAAUGGAGAGAGAGGAGUGACCAUGAUUACAGACGGAGGGGAAUUAUUACUAAUGAUGGUCAACCUUCACAGUAUUCACCAGAGAAGACCAGUGAGAUCAUUGAUGAUGGUUAUAGACAUAGAUCACCUCUUGCUAAGAAUAAUCGAACCUCACAGUACUCUCCAAAGAGGAGUAGGAYUACUGGGGAUGAGUACAGGAAGGGGUCACGUUCUCCCCUGAUCAAUAAUGAUAGACAUUCACAGUAUCCUUCAAGCUGGAGGGGUGUCUCUGAUGAUGGUUAUAAAGAAAGAUCAUCUCUUGAGAAGUGUUCCUAUUCUUCAGACAGAAGAAAGAGAUCACCUAUUGCUAUUGCUGAAAAACGAUCAUCUUCUCCAGAUCGAGGGAAGGUCACUGAUAAUAACUAUAGACAGAGAUCAUCUUUUGAGCAUAAUGAAUUGCGUUCACAGUAUUCUCCAGAUCAGAGGGGAGUAUCUGAUGGUAGUUAUGGACAGAAAUCACCUCCUAUUACUGAUGAUAGGAGAUCAUCAUAUUCAGCAUACCAGAGAGAAGUUUCAGAUGAUAAAUAUGACCAAAGACUGCCUUCGCCUGUUGAUAUCAAUAACCGCCCUUCUUGCUAUUCGCCAGAAAGAACACCAAUCAGUGAUGACGAAUAUGGUGAAUACUACGAGGCUUCUGGCAAUGAAAUUGAACCUGGUAGGGAAUUCAAUGAACAUUAUCAAAAUGAUAAGGAUUUUCCUCCAGAUAUUGAAGAAGAAAAAGAUUUUCAUGCUGAUGUUUACCAAAAUGAAGAGCAACAAGAUUACCUAUCAGAAGACAAAGACAAUGGAAUAGAUCGACAGCCUAGAUAUACAUAUGAUAAUGUUGAACCUAGCUAUGGUUCUGACAUAGAAGGGUUUGAACACRAUGGUGUAGAUACACCAGAAUAUUACGACAAAGAACAGCACAAAUACUUGGAAGAUAUCGUAGAGAAUAACAUCUCAUUGACAACACUAGCACUUGAUCAAGCUGUCUUUGAUGGUAUUAGAGAUUUUCCUGUACAGCUAUUUGAGUUGGCAAAGUAUUUGAAUGAUAUCUCCAAGACGUCUAGUAAUGGAGAAGUGGUUUCUAAUGCAGAUGGUACAGUUUCGAGUGUCAAUAGCUUGGCAGUUAGUCGUGAUCCUCGACUGAAUAAAGGCCUAAGCAAUGUUUCUGGUGGCAAGGGCAGUGCAAACAGGACUGUUACAGAAGCUGGAAGAAAAAGGAAAUCUGGAGAUCACAAGAAAAUAGUCAAACCAAUCGAGAAAAAACAAUCAUGCUUUUAUGUGUACAAUCCUGAUAGCGAUCCAGAAUGUGAAGCAGUUAAGCAUUAUAUGCUCAAGACAGGUGCACAGUUCCUUGAUGUCAGCGAUGAAAACAAUCUAAAGACCAUGACGGGAGAAUUAAGAGUUCUUGUACGCAGAAAGCACAGACCAUCCAUACACCGUAUCAGUAACCUUGUCAAGAUGAAGCUCCGUUCAACAGUCAAGUUUGCUUUGUUCAAUACUGUUGAAGAUGUAAGUAAGAAGACAAGAGCAUACGCUGCUAUAUUCCAGUACGGUGGUGUUCUGAUUCCUGAUGAUGCCAUCCUAAGGACUGUUGAUCCAGCUUUACUUGAGGCAUUGCUUCGUUUUAUGGCGGAAGAGAAUGCCAUGCAUCAAAAGUUCUACUGGGUGAUGAAUAUUCGCUACAUAGCUUACAAGAAACUAGGAUCUCAAAGGCCUUUGACAUGGAGAGACGCAUUUGUUCUUGACCUUCUGAGGAAAUACAGGAAMGAAAGAUUUGUCAACAUUAUUAACAAGGAUUAUGUGCUUGAGAACUUGUCACCUGUGCAAAGAUACUUGGACACGGCGCUUAAACAGCAGCUAGAAUUGAUGCCAACAUACAGACACUUCAUUCUUCUGUCAGAUUUAAAUAAACAGACUGUAGAAGUGUCUUGGUUUUUUAAUAGAGGGAUUGGCUUUAUGGAUGUGAAGGAAUGGCUUCAUCUGUUUGCUGGAGAGGCAAAGACACAGCAGCUACUGUCAGCGAGUAAAUAUACAAAAGAUGGAUCUGAGUACACAGCAGAAGGCACCAGGCAAGAUACCAUACAGUACGAUACAAUAGACUCUCCUGAAGAUGAUGAAUCAAUUGAACCAUCAAGUAURCCUGUUACAACAACUCAUAUUUCAACUGAGUCCUUGAAGCGUUCACAUGAAGGGCAUCGCCAACGCAAUCACCUGUCCAGGUCAUUAUCUCAUAACAUGGUCUCUCGAUCUACCAACUACAGGGACGACAGCAACAUGAAAGAAAAGAGACUUGAAAUUCUAUCAUCCAUAAAUAAUGUCAAAACAAAUCUAAUGAACAACAUGGGGGCCAAAGGAGUAGAUAACAAGGCCAAGGAGGACUGUGUUGGGAUCCAAAAUAACGUUGCUAAGCAACGAAAGUAUGGGAGAUCCAGAAGUCACGAACCACACCUUGGAGUACGCAAUGAGAGGGUGAUGCCAAGAUGGACUGACAACCAUCAAACAUAUGACACCACGAAAACCUUGGAUAAAAACGGUUUGCCUGACUUAAAGGAAGCACAGAACCCUAAAGCACUGUAUGAGAAAYGUAAUAGUUACCAUGGUAACGACAGGCAUAACAGCAACAUCAACUGCAAGGGAACGAUACAAAGCACGUUUAGCUGAACGACCACUAUUCUUGAUUACACGGACAAGACCAGACAACCUCGACAACCCUUCGUACAGGAAUACAAAACAACUUUCAUCCACUCUAAAUUUGUAUGGUGUGCCACAGGGCACGUUUUGGGACCUUUUAAAAUUUAAAAAAUCUUGAUCCUUUCAAAAUAAAUGUGCCAUCUACCUACUGUUUACACCUUUAAUAAUUAUUAAUAAUUAAUUAAUUAUUAAUCAAUUUAUUUACUUAAUUUCCUAAAAAUUAAAAAAGUUAUGAUUAUAAAUAUGAUUGGUAAAGUAUUUCACGGCCAACACUGGAGUCGUUAGUUAAUUACAGACUCACUAGGUAUUAAUAGUUUUCAAAAUUUCCGAUAUAAAAAAGAUUUUUUUUACGAAAAUGCUCCCUAUUUUGUACAAAAUGUUUCUACGUUGAAAAAGGUAUUGUACAUAUCUAAAGUUGUCAUAAAGAGAAAUUAUAUUUUAAUAUCUGYGUUUACAUUUGAAUAAACAUU